UGUUCGGGGUUAUGUUCGGGCUUUGAUUUCCUUUCGAUUCUGCUGCUGGGAAGGGAUGCUUGAUGGAAAUGAAGAAGUCAUGGGAACUCCAGUAUCUUGUUCAGGCAGAUGUUUGUGCUGGAAGUCAUUGGCUCCUUCUGUCAGAGUGAAGAGGCCCGGUUCCCAUCUUACCUGUGCAGGGUGGCUGAAAAUACACCUGCUUAUUAUCAUCCUGGCAGGUCAAGCUUUUGGUCUCAACUCCACAAUCGCUUCCAACUUCACCACUUCGACAACAGCUGCACAGACUGCCGGUCAAGCUUUCCGUAGUCUAAGUUCCACGCCUGAUUCCAACAUCACCACUCCAACAAGAGACACUUCCAGCAAUGAAGCUACUGAGAGCCCAUCCUCUGCUGUUCCUUCCAUCCCUCCCACUCCCACAUCACAAACAUCAGUGCAUUAUUUUCUUGAUGUCACUGUGGUUGUCAGCGGACAGAAAACGAAUGAAUCCGAAAUUAUUGACUGGCUGGAUCAGGUGUUCCAAACCAAUCUGGAGAAACACUUGGCUUUAUUCAAUGGACAAACAACUGCGAGCCACACAUCUCCACAAACUACAAAUGCAAGCUCUUCAAAUGGGACAACACCACCACAAAUUGGAGAUGGUAUUACGGCCACACCCUCCUUAUUUCAGGGAAUGGAAGUUUCAUGCACUCUUAAAACCAUGACAAAUAACACGAAGUGCUCCGUACUCCUGCGGCUGAGUCAGAGCGUACCUGCGUGUUCCAUCCUCCAAACACUCUGUGCAGCAAGUAAAAACUCUUCCAACAUCGCUGUAGUGGGAAAUAAGGCAGAUGAACUGAGUCCAAUUCAGCAGUGCAGCAGUCAGCCAAACAGCUGCAUUUAUUCUGGUCCACAGAAUGCAUCAUGUGAAGAUUCUGGGCCGUCGUAUGUCAUUCCACAAAGCAAUUCAACAAACUGCACUGCAGAUACCAACAACUGUAACUGCUCUGCUUACUGCAGCAGAUCAGGAGGAGCCUAUUACACUUUUUCAGUUUUCUUACAAAACCCCGUGAUGAACUCUUCAUCCCUCUCCUCCCUGAUUUCCGUCCUGAAAGAUCCAGCUGUUUGCUUUGACAAUACAAGUGUUCCAUGUCCACUGUCCAUUGCAUCGGCAUACAAGAAUGCCAGUGUUGCCUGUGAAGGAGCAGCAAAUCAAACCUGCAAAGCAGUUUUAAGCUUUUCCCAAAAUGUSUCGAUCUGUUCUGUGGCGAACGCUCUCAUGAACGUGUUUCAAGAUGAGGAACAAAUCUAUUUUAAUGGACAAGUGAGACUAGCAGCAAUAUGCGGAAUCUUGGAAAUGUCCGACAACUUCCUGGACUCCCAGGUCACCUGGAUAGAAAGUGACCUGAAGACUGACGACUUUUGCACAAGAAUACAGAACUACAACAACAUUACAUGUCAAAAUGGAACAAAUAUUUUCCUACUGGAAGCUUGUGAUGCUAAUGUUGUGUCGACUACAACUAGUCCUAAUGUUACAACCCCACAACCAAACAACAACACCUCGUCUGUCAAUGCAACAACUUUACAACCAAGCAACAACACAUCAUCUGUCAACGCAACAACUUUACAACCAGGCAACAACACCUCCUCUGUCAACGCAACAACUUUACAACCAGGCAACAACACAACAUCUGUAAAUGGGACUACAUCCAUGACAAACGCCACCACAGCAGCACCAUCAACAACAACAAACCAGAACACAACAGGUGGCUCAGACAAGACCACGCCUGCUGCUAACAGCACGGGGACAGGAACAAUCAACACAACAAUGUCUAACACUGGGAACUCAUCAGGUGGAGCCACUGCGGAAUCAGCUGAAAGCAAAGCUUACAAACUCCUGGCGAAGUCUCAAAACGUGUCCCGGCUGACGGCUACAGAGGUCGACCAGCUGGUGUCUGAACUGGAGGCUCUUUUGUCCGGGCCGACAGUCAGCCUGGUGCUGGGAAACAUCUCUGUCCACAUCGUCAGCAAUCUGCUGGGGGCUACACCUGAGAAGCUGUCGGGCUCUUCCUCCAGCAGGAUUAUAAGGAUUGUCGACACAGUGGGCUUGAAGCUGGUCGUUGGGGGAACAGCUCAGACUCUGUUGGCCCCGUCUCUGUCUCUGUCUGUGAAACCGGCCGAUGGCACAAAUUUCCAAGCGGUGACUUUUUCAGUCUCGGAUCGCAGCACUGUUUCGGUCCGCAGAGWUCCAAGGCUGACGAGGAGUCUGACCACAGCCUCCUCUGUCCCUCAGGGCUCCAUCAAUCUGCCCUCCACCCUCACUCAGGGUCUAACAGAAGAAGAAAGGCGGAUGGUUUCCKGACUUCAGUUCCACUUCUACCAGAAGAGCACCGUGUUCCAGGACAAAUCAUUAGGACAGCGUAAACUCAUCAGUGGGAUCUUAGGAGCAACUGUGACUAAUCUGUCAAUCAAGGGACUGACUGAACAUGUUGGAUUUCAGCUGGAAAAUACAGAACCCAUACCUGCUAAUUUUGUUGCAACCUGUGUUUUCUGGGACUUCACAUUAAACAACGGUUCAGGUGGUUGGAGCUCAAAUGGCUGCUUUGUCAAAAACAGUACUGACCAUGAGACAAUCUGUCUCUGCAACCAUUUAACCAGUUUUGGUAUUCUGCUGGAUGUUGCCAGACAGCCUACUGUCAGRGCCGUUCAGAACACCAUCCUCACCUUCAUCACAUACAUUGGCUGUGGAGUUUCGGCAAUCUUCCUGUCUAUAACUCUUCUCACUUACCUGGCCUUCGAGAAGUUGCGUAAAGACAUCCCGUCCAAGAUCCUGAUCGAGCUGUGCGUCGCCCUGCUGCUGCUCAACAUGGUCUUCCUGGUGGACGCGUGGCUGGCCCUUUAUCCGGACGCUGUGGGCCUUUGCAUCUCCACCGCCUGGUUCCUUCACUACUUCCUGCUGGUGGUCUUCACCUGGAUGGGGUUGGAGGGGGUCCACAUGUACAUGGCCAUAGUGAAGGUCUUCAACAGCUACAUACCAUACUACAUGCUGAAGUUCUCACUUGUGGGCUGGGGGGUCCCAAUGCUUGUGGUCAUCAUUGUCAUUGCGAUCGACAAAGACAACUAUGGCCUCGUGUCCUACGGACGGUCUACAGAUGGCACUAGUGAUGACUUCUGCUGGCUGAAGAACGACAUUGCCUUCUACGUUGCCGUCGUGGCCUACUUCUGCGUCAUUUUCAUCUUCAAUCUCAUCAUGUUCGUCGUGGUCUUAGUUCAGCUGCAUCGAGUGAAAAAGCAGAAUCCUCACAACGUGAAGCAAGGCAUGACGGUGAAGGACGUCCGCAGCGUGUUGGGGAUAACGUUCCUCCUGGGCCUCACGUGGGGCUUUGCCUUUUUCGCCUGGGGGCCCGUUAACCUGCCGUUCAUGUACCUCUUCGCCAUCUUCAACUCCCUGCAAGGUUUCUUUAUAUUUGUGUUCCACUGUGCGGUGAAGGAAAGCGUGAGGAAGCAGUGGAGGACCUACCUGUGCUGUGGCAGAAUGAGACUCGCAGAGAACUCAGAGUGGAGUCGAACUGCAACACAGAAAACUGCGAGGAGGUCCCCACUCACAUCCUUCCACUCAUCAAACUCUCCCAGCUCCUCCACUUUCCUCGUCAGCAACUCUUCAGACGUAACAAAUGGCGUUAGUAGUCCAUUUGACGACCAAACUAUCACAGCUGAUGAAAGCCCAAACAUGGAUGUGGUUCUGAAUGAGAUGAACAGUCGAUACAGAAACCAACAAGCAACCUGAUACAAAAAAAUGUGUAAAUAAUGUAAAUCAGCAGAGUAAUAUAUCUUUAAAUAUACUAUUUAACUGACUUGUAAUAAAACACACAAAAACGUGUUUUCUUUUUURUUGCAGUCGCUGGACUUCAUAUUUUUAAAAGCAUUCAGUGUCCAAAUUUAAUUAUUUCAAUGCAAUUAAAUUUUCCAAUUCCUACCCAAUUAAACCAAAGUUAAAUCUAAAGUAUUUUCCUGCUUUAGAGCAACAUUUUGAUAUUUUAUACUUUUAACUGCAUUAUCAGUAGUUAGCUGAUCACAGCCCGCUGCUUCACCACAAGAUGUCACUUUAUCCUGACACCCAUUGAAUGAAACCCUUCACUCUUAGACAAACACUUCACUACAGAAGCCCCCCAGAGUGAGGCCUUUUACUCUUUUCUGCUACAUAGUUACCAAAGUGCAGCUGAGAAGCAUUUAGCUUGGUUGUGCCUAUAAAAUGAAUUAAUCCUCUUGCCUGUUUUAUGCUAUUAUUGUUGUCAUAAAUCAGUCAUGGUAAAAAAAAAAAAAAGUAUCGUCUUUGCAACAAAAAACUCCUUAAGUAUCAAAUUUCUACUGAGUAAUACCAAUUAAAUAAAAAAAUAUGUAACAAAAUGGGUAAAUGGUUAUUUAUGCUCAUAAAAUCUUGACUAGUUUGCUUAUUAAGUUAAAUAUUUUGUUUAGCUCAAUUAGUUUUGUUUAACAGUGGCUUUAUUGAUAAUGGGUUCAACAGAACUUUAGUUUGUUUAGUUUAACAGGACAWUGGGAAUAUUUAGGGCUUUGGAAAUCCUUUCACAUCCCUGAACUUACUCAUUUAUUUUGCAAUACUUUUCAUUAACUGGUAUUAUUCCAUAGAAAUUUGAUAUUGCUUUGAAUAAGUUUUUUUUUUGUAAAGAAUGACCAUUUUUAUUGACUAUAUAUAAAAACAUAACAUCCAAGGAUAGAAAUACUUUUCAUAGACACGAGUCAGUGUUUUCCUCCAAAACACCUUUUAAUUGCAGAUGGUCACAGACUACCUCAAGUAGGACAGAACAAUAUUUGGUGAACUUAUAAUGAAUAAAUAAAGGUCACUCAGGGUCCACCACGUGUGCCGUGUACUGUAUAUAUGCAAACUACAUUCACCGUCCUCAACAUGCUCCAAAUAUAAUCAAUAUAUCAGGAGAAAUCAAAAAGGUGCUAAUAAUAAAAACAUUACAUAAAAACAGCACGAGCACAAAUGUGGUAUUAACAGGGAGGAAAUGUUUCCCUUUUAAAACACACCUUAGACUUCCACCGGGCAUGAUCACGCCGCCUUAACACAACGUAAAAUAUUCAGGUCACAUUUAACAAAAAAAUCAGUCUAAAAGCAGCUCACGCACGAGUGAGCUCAAAAACUCAGUCUUUAAAGGUUWAACCAUAUAAUCAGUGUAUCAAAUCAGUGUUCAAACAUUUAACAGUUCCUUCAGAGCACAUGCAAACAGGUUAAAUCUAAAGAUAUACAAAAAUAUAAACCAAGAAGUUGCAUUAAAAAAAA